AUGAUUUUACAUGUUCAAAUUGAGCCAACUCAAAAAUUUCCUUUGGCAGAUUGUUAAAGCUAUUAAUCAUUUUGUACUACAAAUAGUUCUUAAACAAAUUGUGCAGAUAUAAUUUGUAGAAAUGCUUCCCUUAUGUUCAUUCUGAUUGUUAAACAUGGUUCUAAGUUGGGCCGUCAAUAAUAAUGCUAGGAGUUGUGA